CAUGGCCCUCAGGCAUAUCCUCCUACCGCUUCUGCUACUCCUGAUGGGCGAGGGAAGUUGCGGCUCCAAACAGCAGCAAGAUAAUUUAUUGGUUCUAACUGUGGCCACCAAGGAGACAGAAGGAUUCAGACGGUUCCAGAGAUCAGCUCGGUUCUUCAAUUACAAGAUCCAGGUCCUUGGACUGAAUGAGGAAUGGCACGGUGGAGACGACAAGAAGACAGCAGGAGGUGGGCAGAAGAUCCGUCUCUUGAAAUCAGCUUUGGAAGGCUAUGCAGACCAAGAAAACUUGGUCAUUCUCUUCACAGAAAGUUAUGACGUUAUCUUUGCAUCGGGCCCUGCGGAGCUGUUGAAGAAGUUCAGGCAGGCUAAGUCCAAAGUCGUCUUCUCAUCAGAGACUCUCAUCUACCCGGACCGGAGACUGGAAGCCAAAUACCCGCAGGUCCGAGAAGGGAAACGAUUCCUGGGUUCUGGAGGGUUCAUUGGCUACGCUCCAUAUCUCAGCAAGCUUGUGGCAGGUUGGCAGGGGCAGGACAGUGACAGCGAUCAGCUCUUUUAUACCGGUGUCUUCUUGGAUCCAGAAAAGCGGGGAAACAUCAAUAUAUCUUUAGAUCACAGGUGUCGAAUCUUCCAAAACCUGAAUGGUGCUCUAGAUGAGGUGGUCCUAAAGUUCGAAAACGGUCGAGUGAGAGCACGAAACCUGGCAUUCGACAGCCUCCCGGUUGUGAUUCAUGGCAAUGGCCCCACCAAGUUGCAGUUAAAUUACUUGGGAAACUACAUCCCACAGAUAUGGACCUUCGAGACUGGCUGCACUGUUUGCAGCGAAGGACUGAGGAGUCUCUCCAGCCUCAAAGAGGAGGCGCUGCCGCUGGUUCUGAUUGGCAUCUUCAUUGAGCAGCCCACCCCAUUCCUCACCCCAUUCUUCCAAAGGCUUCAGAAGCUCCGCUACCCAAAGAAACGGAUCCAGCUCUUUAUCCACAACCACGAAGAGCAUCAUCUCUCCCAGGUGGACGAGUUUGUGGAGGAGCACGGAGAAGAAUAUCGCUCCGUCAAAGUGAUUGGGCCAGAGGAUCACAUGGAGAAUGCUGAUGCGCGGAAUAUGGGCAUCAAUCUGUGUAGACAGGAUCCUGUUUGUGAAUAUUACUUCAGCAUCGAUGCUGAAACGGUGGUGAAGAACCCGGACACGCUGCGAAUCCUGAUGGAACAGAACCAGUCUGUGAUUGCCCCACUUGUCGGCCGCCUGGGGAAGCUGUGGACCAAUUUCUGGGGUGCCUUGAGCGCAGAUGGAUACUACGCCCGCUCGGAGGACUACAUCGAUAUUGUUCAGGGGCGGCGAGUUGGACUCUGGAACGUCCCGUACAUCUCAAGCAUCUACCUGAUCAAAGGCAGCAUCCUUCGAUCAGAACUCACUCAGGCCGACCUCUUCCACAGUGGGAAAUUAGACGCAGACAUGGCUCUCUGCCACAACAUCCGGGAGCAGGGCAUCUUCCUGUUUGUAACAAAUCAGCAGCACUUUGGGCACAUCCUGUCCUUGGAGAAUUACCUGACGACUCACCUCCACAAUGAUCUUUGGCAGAUCUUUAGCAACCCAGAGGACUGGAAGGAAAAAUACAUCCAUGAAAACUACACGGCAGCCUUAAAAGGCAAGGGGGUAGAAACGCCCUGCCCAGAUGUAUACUGGUUUCCACUGUUCAGCGAUGCCGCUUGCGACGAACUGGUAGAGGAGAUGGAGAAUUUUGGCCAGUGGUCCAAGGGAGAUAACUCGGACAAAAGGAUCCUGGGGGGCUACGAGAAUGUGCCGACGAUUGACAUCCACAUGAACCAGAUCCACUUUGAGCGUGAGUGGUACAAAUUUCUCCUGGACUAUAUCGCGCCCAUCACAGAGAAGCUGUAUCCUGGGUACUACACCAAAACCCAGUUUGAGCUGGCCUUUGUGGUUCGGUAUAAACCUGAUGAGCAGCCGUCACUGAUGCCGCACCACGAUGCGUCCACUUUCACCAUCAACGUCGCCUUAAACCGUGUAGGGAUUGACUACGAAGGCGGAGGCUGUCGGUUCCUGCGGUACAACUGCUCCAUCAGAGCACCCCGGAAAGGCUGGACCCUCAUGCACCCAGGUCGCCUGACCCAUUACCACGAAGGCCUCCCCACCACCAAAGGGACCCGUUACAUUGCUGUGUCUUUUCUCGAUCCGUAGAGGUGCGCCUUCUGAAAGGAAAGCAAGAGGAAUAUCUUACCAGCUUUUGUACCAAAG